AUGUAUAAAAAUGCCCAGUUCAAGCCGCCCCGUCUUAUCCGGAAAACGCCGCCGGAGGAAAGUCUCUUUGUCCGGGAUUCAGAGCGCCCGGCCCGCCGUUUGGGGAGUACGCGUCGCCUAGAAACCAGAUCCAAAGACACCGAAAACAAAGAGACGCAAGAGCACAGAGAAAGAAUAGAGAGCGGGAAUGCCCAAAUAGACAAUAGCGGCGAUACAGAUACCAAUGAAGUGAAAAAGACUCCCAUCUCAGAACCAGGACUUGCCGAUCCUCCAACUCAACUACCUUCCAGUACCGUCAAGAGACGCGUAUUGAACAACGCCAAUGGAUCCAGUCCUGAUCCACUACAUACAAGGAUCCACAUCCACAAUCCGCUUCUGCAUCAACAAGACUCCGAAUUGCCAGGCUCCGCUAAAAGAGCCAAAAUGUCUCCCCGGUAUUACACGGUGCAAUGGCGGAAACGCUCGAAUCGCAAACAUAAGCCAUGGGAAGGUGACGGCGUUAUGGUUGUUUCUGACAGUGGGUCGGUUUUGAAGAUAGAGAAUAAAGGCACGUACCGCAUCGUGGGCCGCUCCAAAAGUACCGACACAGACGGCAUUUUGCGUUUCGGCACUUACGAGGCUGAGGUGGACUGUGAAACCUCAAAGGAAGAGCUCGUCCAGCAAAAGGACGAAAAACCGGCUCUAGUGUCGCUGCCUCUUCGAGAUUCUGCUCCUAUGAAGAAACAUAUUCCACGCAUAGCAGGCCCAAUAUCUGCUCCAUCUCCUACACCUAAAGUAGAUGCGGUUGUUGAAUCAGCAGCGCCAUCCCUAGUUCUUCCAGCUCCGAAAAUCCCCAAUGCUAAUGACGUUUCUGUUGAUCCACUCUUGACUAAACAUCUAAAACCGCACCAGAGAGACGGCGUGUCAUUUGUCUACUCUUGCCUUUUGGGCAUCCACCAGCCGAAUUACUUUGGAGCGCUCUUGGCUGAUGAAAUGGGUCUCGGGAAAACAUUGAUGACCAUCACUGUCAUCUGGACUUUGCUCAAACAGAGUCCUUUCCCCGGCCAGAAAAAAGUGGCUUCCAAAGUUCUCAUUUGCUGCCCCGUGUCUCUUAUCGACAAUUGGCGCCGUGAAUUCACCAAAUGGCUUGGAACUUAUCGCAUCGGUGUUCUUUGUUUGAACAACAAGCAAGUGUCUCCAGCAAAGGAUAAAGACGAUAUAGUGAAUUUUGGCAAAAAUAACGUAUACCAAGUGCUAAUAAUGAGCUACGAGAAAACUUUGUCUUGUUCAAAGGAACUAGAUGCGCUCAACUUGGAUAUUUUGGUUUGUGAUGAGGGCCACCGCUUGAAAAGCGGCUCCAAUAGAGUAUUCAAAGUUUUACUGGCUUUGCUGGUGGAAAAGAGAUUGCUUCUCACAGGUACACCUAUCCAAAAUGACCUCAAUGAAUUUUACACCAUUAUCAACUUUAUUAACCCCGGGAUUUUGGGCACUCAAUCUGAAUUUCAGAAGAAUUAUUUGCGGCCUAUCUUGCGGGCUCGUGACGUGAAUUGUCAUGAUUUAAAAAUCAUCAGAGAAGGCAAAGAUAAGUCUGCAGAGUUGAUUCAAUUGACUAAAUCUUUUAUUCUCCGGCGCACUAAAGAUAUUAUCAGCAACUGCUUAACUAGAAAAACGGAUGUAAUAAUUUUUUGUGCUCCAACAAAAGUCCAGAAACUGCUUUUCGAAGCGGUUUCCAAGUCAUCAAAGUUUAACUCCGUGAUGAGAUCAGAAACCAAAGAUGUGCUUUCAAUGAUUCUCAUGUUCCGCAAAAUCUGCAACUCUCCCUCCCUUUUGCACAAUGAUCCUCUUUUUGCCUCGUUUCUUCACGACACUGAAUUAUCGUCGUCUCCACUUUCAUCUAGAACUACAGGUAGCAAAGUCAAUGUACUUGUACCUCUUCUACUCGAGUUCCGAACAGUGGGAGAAAAAGUGGUUUUGGUGUCAAACUAUGCCCAAACCUUAGAUUUCCUAGAGACUGUGCUUCUGAAACUCAAUCUUCAAUAUUGCCGUCUCGAUGGAAGCACACCAGCCAAGGUGCGAGAUAAAUUGGUGCUUGACUUCAACAAGUGCCCGACCCACAAAAUCUUUCUUCUUUCGGCUAAAGCUGGAGGUGUUGGGCUUAACUUAGUUGGAGCUUCGCGGUUGAUUCUUUUCGAUAACGACUGGAACCCGCUGGUGGAUCUUCAAGCGAUGGCCAGAGUUCAUCGGUACGGUCAAACAAAGCCAGUUUUCAUCUACAGACUUUUCACCACUGGUGCUAUCGACGAAAAAAUCUUCCAAAGGCAGCUAAUGAAAAACAAUUUGAGUGACAUGUUUUUGGAUGAGAAACUGUCUUCGGCCCUGAAUAUUUUCGACUUUGAAGACCUAAAGGAUUUGUUUACUAUUGCAGACACAAACUGCAACACACAUGAUUUGAUUGAAUGUGAUUGCGAAGGAACAGGUGAGGAUAUUGAUUUAACUCAAGCUGAACCAAAGGACACUCAAGAAGAUGAGGAGCUCCCGUCUUCAGGCUGGAUGAGCGCUUUAGAAUUCAAAGAAUUAGAUGGCACCACUGCCGCUAAAAGGCAAGUGAUGCGGACGGCACUUUCCAAUUAUAGACAUUUUGAUCCUUCUGUGUGUGCUGAAUCAAUCGAUACAGGGUGA